UAAUAAUUAAUCAUGGACAUCCACUCACUCAUAAAAUCACCUUGUGAACCCAAAGAUAUCUGGGCUACUGAGUUUCAUGCCCUUGGGGAAGAUGCUAAAGAGUCAGUUCCUCAGAUUCCGAAGACAACUAAACAGUUUGUGAACACUCUUAGGACUAACAAGGGCAAACCUAUUAUAGGAGACUUCAAAAGUAGCUCUAAACAAAGGGUUUGCACUGAGCAUAUCUGUGUUCCUCCUAGAUUUAGAGAGACUUGUCAAGAUUGUUCAGAGCAGCUGAUAGAACUGAAAUCAAGGCAUAAAACUAAGCUCAAGGAUUAUAAGCCUAUGACUUUCAACAUGAAGGCAACGGAGAAGUGGGAUAAGCUGGGGCUUAAAGCCCAGAAAUCAGAGUUGCUAAGAAAAUUACCAUCAGAUGAGAUCUUAAAGUCUAUGCUAGGCUAAAGGCACUUGGGUAAAUGAGCCAAAGCUCAAAUAAUAACUAAUUCAUAAACUC